GGCCGCCUGAUUGUAGUUCGGCCCUUGCCGCGUCAACCCAGGCGGAGCGCCAGAAGCAAAGCUGUGAGGUUGGAGGGCGCGGGUACCCCUCGUCCGGGCCAUGUCUAGCUGUCACGCUCCGGAGGGAGACUGUUGCUCACUGCAGUGUCGCGCGCAGGACAAGGAACAUCCAAAAUACCUGAUCCCAGAGCUCUGCAAACAGUUUUACCAUUUGGGCUGGGUCACUGGGACUGGAGGAGGAAUCAGCUUGAAGCACGGCAAUGAAAUCUACAUUGCUCCUUCAGGAGUGCAAAAGGAACGCAUUCAGCCUGAAGACCUGUUUGUUUGUGACAUCAAUGAAAAGGACAUAAGUGGACCUCCACCAUAUAAGAAUCUUAAAAAAAGCCAGUGUACUCCUCUUUUCAUGAAUGCUUACACAAUGAGAGGAGCAGGUGCUGUGAUUCAUACCCACUCUAAAGCUGCUGUCAUGGCCACCCUUCUUUUCCCAGGAAGGGAGUUUAAAAUUACACAUCAAGAGAUGAUCAAAGGAAUAAAGAAAUGUAUCUCAGGAGGGUAUUACAGAUAUGAUGAUAUGUUAGUAGUACCCAUUAUUGAGAAUACACCUGAGGAGAAAGACCUCGAAGAGCGAAUGGCCCGAGCAAUGAAUGAUUACCCAGACUCCUGUGCAGUACUAGUCAGACGGCAUGGAGUCUAUGUCUGGGGAGAGACGUGGGAGAAGGCUAAAAGCAUGUGUGAGUGUUAUGACUAUUUAUUUGAUGUUGCCGUAUCAAUGAAGAAGGUAGGACUGGAUCCUACACAGCUUCCCGUUGGAGAAAAUGGAAUUGUAUAAGCCAAGUGGAAGUUUAUUAUACGUAGAGACAAAGCUCAUCUUAAUUAUUACUUAAAUGACUCAGGUAUUUUUUUUAAUGAAUUGAAAAUUUCCAUGAAGCUAUUGAUUUGUCACUAAAUGCUGCAGAUCUUCUGACAACUGGAUGAUAUUUGCUUAUAUUCUUGUUUUUUUUUGUUGUUGUUUUUUUUUUUUUUUUUGCGGUACGUGGGCCUCUUACUGUUGUGGCCUCUCCCGUUGUGGAGCACAGGCUCCGGACGCGCAGGCUCAGCGGCCAUGGCUCACAGGCCCAGCCGCUCUGCGGCAUGUGGGAUCUUCCCGGACCGGGGCAUGAACCCGUGUCCCCUGCAUCGGCAGGUGGACUCCCAACCACUGCGCCACCAGGGAAGCCCUAUUCUUGUAUUUUAAAUGGCAAUACAAUGGAAUAAAAAUUUUAUAGUGAA